AUGUCUAUCGAAGUCGAUCCCCCAGAGCUCGGCUUCAAGCGGCCCUUCAACCAGGAAGUAUGCCAGAUACUGCAUCUGCACAACCCAGGCCAGGAACCCGUGGUCUUCAAGGUUAAGACCACUGCCCCGAAGCACUACUGUGUCCGCCCUAACUCUGGCCGUAUCGAUCCCGGCAAACAAGUUGAUGUUCAAGUCUUGUUGCAGGCAUUAAAGGAGGAACCAGCCCCCGAUGCGAAGUGCAAGGACAAGUUCCUGGUCCAGUCAGUUGCGGUCACUGGCAGUGACAUGGAACAUUCGAAUGUUACCGCCAUUUUCGAGAAAGCAUCUAAGUCCGCAGUGAUUGAGCGCAAGAUUCGCGUGAACUGGCUGCCAUCGGAUUCGGGCCUGUCGUCGCAGCAGUCCAAGGCAAACGACUUGGUUGUGGAGGAGGAACCUCCCGCGUAUACCUCCCCCGGUGGAAACUUUGAGACCCCCGCUCCUGGUUUCGCGAAAAAGAGCUCCGCCGACCAAGCAUCUCCGAUUCCCGCCCCCGAUUUCUCCGAGAAGCCCAUCAAGCCCGAGUCUCCCCCGCAUAGCGAGUCCAACUCCUCCUUUUCAAACGCCAAGGCCACCGUGGCCAGCGUCCUCCCCUCAAGCGACGAACUGAAGUCCCAGCUGGCAGACGCAAAUGCGCAGAUUCAACGCCUCAAGGACCGGAUCGCAGAUCAGGGCUUGCGGCAGCGGAAGACUGGCGGCGAGGCGCCGGCAGCUCCGACAACGAUGCAGCAAUCACACGCCCCGGCUGAGUCCGGGGUGUCUGUUCAAGUCGUGGCCGGGCUGUGCCUGCUCAGCUUCUUGAUCGCGUACUUCUUCUUCUAG